AUGAGCCUGAAACCAUCAGUGAUGAGCCUGAAACCAUCAGUGAUGAGCCUGAAACCAUCAGUGAUGAGCCUGAAACCAUCAGUGAUGGGUCUGAAACCAUCAGUGAUGAGCCUGAAACCAUCAGUGAUGGGUCUGAAACCAUCAGUGAUGGGUCUGAAACCAUCAGUGAUGAGCCUGAAACCAUCAGUGAUGAGCCUGAAACCAUCAGUGAUGAGCCUGAAACCAUCAGUGAUGAGCCUGAAACCAUCAGUGAUGAGCCUGAAACCAUCAGUUUCAGGCACCAAUAAUGAGACACAUGUCUCAUUAUUGUGCUAA